UCUUUGUCUUAGAUAAGUCUAAAUUGUCGGUAGACUUUUCUUUUUAAAAAGGUUAUGUGGAUAUAGUUCACCGAUGUAAAAUUCCGAUACACAAAAUAAGUAACGCUUUAAUGGCAGGACGUGUUUUUUUUUUUACUACUGGUGACUCGGAGGCCUUUCCAGUUUCACCAGGACAGGUGGGCGAGCAAAGGCUCAGCCAGGAGGGGUGGCAUAUGCUAACAACUGCCCGAGCGCCUCCGAAGGGGACCUAACAACUCAAGAGCAAUUGCUUCGCGAAUGAAUCUACUACCGGAUUGGAAUCGCGACCCGCUGGGAAGAUCCGACGAGAAACUCAGCGGGCUGAUGCGUGGGUUAGGUUGCACGUCGACCGCUUUGUCGAGUUCGACGAGUACGGGGUUCCUCAGCCUGCUCCUAGUGUUAGAGCUGAAGGCGUCUAAUGCACCUAAAUGGCGUUCAAAGACACCCUUCAUAACACCGUGUAAAGUUGGAGAUUCUGCCUGUUUUGUGGCUUCUGCACAAGCGGCAGUGCCGAUCGUGGCCGCCGGCAUUCCCGACCUGGGCAUCAAGCCCUUGGACCCGUUACACAUAUCCGUGAUCAAUGGGAACCAGGGUGGGCUCGAGUUGACCUUUAAGGACACCAUCGUUCGCGGCUUAAGCGGUUGUCACGUGGAAGGUGUUAAAAACGAUCCAGCCAAAAAGAAGCAAGCGGUCACCAUCAAAUGCUCCGUGACGCUAACUGGUGAUUACAAACUUAGCGGUAAACUGUUGGUGCUUCCCAUUGAAGGCGAAGGAAAAUACAAUAUCAAAAUACGAGACAUCGUGAUCAAGACUGCAAACGAUCUGGUGACAGUGACAGGAGCUGACGGCAAGCCACACUGGCAUAUCGAGUCGUGGAAGCACACGUACGAAGUGAAGACUGGAGCUCAUUUCCAAUUUGAGAAUUUGUUUAAUGGAAACAAGGUGUUGGCAACUCCCGUCGAAGAAUUUGUGAACUCAAACUGGAAGGACGUGAUGCAGGAAGUAGCCCCGCCCAUCGUCCGGUCCAUCGUGUCCGAGGUGGUGGCUGCUGUAGAUGCCCUGUACAAGGCUGUGCCGGCCGAAGAACUUUACUUGCAGUAAACUUAUUGUAAUUUUAAAAGGGAAAGCUGUAUAUGUGAUAAAUAAAAUUACUUUUUUUUGGUUACA